UUGGGGGCCUCCCCGACCCUGGCCGGCUUCGACCGCCCUGCCCGGGACCGGGGGCGGCGCGGGGACUGGAGAGGGCCCGCCCUCACGGGGCCGGGCCGGCACGUGACGGGAAGCGGCGGCGGGAGCCGGGCCGAGCCGAGCCGGAGCGGGAGCCAGGCCGAACCGGGUCAGGCCGCGGCGGGCCGUCAUACCGUGUAGAAGGACCCUCUAUCCACAUGAAGUGACAUUUCCAGGCCACACAGCAGACAUGAUGAGCAUCAAGGCCUUCACACUGGUCUCUGCCGUUGAGCGGGAGCUUCUGAUGAAUGACCAGGAGCGCGUCAACAUCGAGUGUGUGGAGUGCUGUGGCCGGAACCUCUACGUGGGCACCAGUGACUGCUUCAUCUACCACUUCCUACUGGAGGAGAAGGUGUUGCCCUCAGGGACCGUAGCCUUUACAGCCACCAAGCAGCUACACAGACACCUGGGAUUCAAGAAGCCUGUGAGUGAACUACGGGCAGCCUCGGCCCUCGACAGGCUGCUGGUGCUCUGCGACAGCUGCAUCUCCCUGGUCAGCAUGCACAGCCUGGAACCCGUGCCCUCGGGUGCACGCAUCAAAGGGGCCUCUACCUUCGCGCUCAACGAGAACCCCGUGGGUGGGGACCCAUUCUGCGUGGAAGUCUGCAUCCUCUCCAUCAAGCGCAGGACCAUCCAGGUGUUCCUGGUGUACGAGGAUCGUGUGCAGAUUGUCAAGGAGGUGUCCACGCCGGAGCAGCCCCUGGCUGUGGCUGUGGAUGGCCACUUCCUAUGCCUGGCCUUGAGCACACAGUACAUCAUCCUCAACUACAACACAGGCUUCUCACAGGACUUGUUUCCCUACUGCAGUGAGGAGAAGCGGCCAAUUGUCAAGAGGAUCGGCAGGCAGGAGUUCCUGCUGGCUGGCCCAGGUGGCCUGGGCAUGUUUGCCACUGUGGCCGGGAUAUCCCAGCGGGCUCCUGUGCACUGGUCGGAGAACGUGAUCGGGGCGGCUGUGUGCUUCCCGUACGUCAUCGCGCUCGACAAUGAGUUCAUCACAGUGCACAGCAUGCUGGACCAGCAGCAGAAGCAGACCCUGCCCUUUAAGGAAGGCCACAUCCUGCAGGACUUCGAAGGAAGAGUGAUCGUUGCCACAAGUAAAGGAGUCUACAUCUUGGUCCCAUUACCUCUGGAAAAACAAAUACAGGAUCUGCUGGCAAGCCACAGAGUGGAGGAGGCUUUGGUCUUGGCGAAAGGAGCCCGGAGGAACAUUCCAAGGGAAAAAUUUCAGGUGAUGUACAGAAGGAUUCUGCAGCAGGCUGGCUUCAUCCAGUUUGCUCAGCUUCAGUUCCUGGAAGCUAAAGAGCUCUUCAGAAGCGGGCACCUUGAUGUCCGGGAACUGAUCUCCCUGCACCCCUUCCUGCUGCCCACCUCCUCCUCCUUCACCCGCUGUCACCCUCCACUCCAUGAGUAUGCAGACCUGAACCAGCUGACGCAGGGCGACCAGGAGAAGAUGGCCAAGUGCAAGCGCUUCCUCAUGAGCUACCUGAAUGAGGUCCGAAGCACUGAGGUGGCCAAUGGCUACAAGGAGGACAUUGACACGGCCCUACUCAAGCUGUAUGCGGAGGCUGACCAUGACAGCCUGCUGGACCUCCUGGUCACUGAGAACUUCUGCCUUCUGACAGACAGUGCAGCCUGGCUGGAGAAGCACAGAAAGUAUUUUGCACUGGGGCUGCUCUACCACUACAAUAAGCAAGAUGCUGCUGCAGUUCAGUUGUGGGUGAACAUUGUGAAUGGAGAUAUCCAGGACUCCACGCGCUCUGACCUGUAUGAAUACGUCGUCGAUUUUCUGACCUACUGCUCAGACCAGCAGCUGGUGUGGACCUAUGCCGACUGGGUCCUACAGAAAAGCGAGGAGGUUGGAGUUCAGGUCUUCACCAAGAGAUCUGUGGAUGAGCAGCAGCAGAACAGCUUUAAUCCAGACAAUGUCAUCACCUGCCUUAAGAAAUACCCCAGAGCCCUGGUCAAGUACCUGGAGCAUCUGGUAGUAGACAGGAGCAUGCAGAAGGAAGAGUACCACACUCAACUAGCCAUGCUCUACCUGGAGGAGCUGCUGCAGCAGAGGGUGGCCACCAGCAGCAGUGAUGCUGCAACCACCGAGAUGCAGACCAAGCUGCGGCACCUGCUCCAAAAAUCUGACCUGUACCGAGUCCACUUCCUGAUAGAGCGGAUCCAGGGCGCUGGGCUGCCUGUGGAGCGCGCCAUCCUGCACGGGAAACUGGGUGAGCACGAGCAGGCCCUGCGCAUCCUGGUGCAUGAGCUGGGGGACACAGCGGCGGCGGAGGACUACUGCCUGUGGAGCUCCGAGGGCCAGGAUGCGCCCUGCCGCCAGCGCCUCUUCCACACGCUGCUCACCAUGUACCUGCAGGCCGGGCCCUUGGCCCCUGAGCUCACUGUGGCUGCCGUAGACCUGCUCAACCGCCACACCUCUGAGUUUGAUGCCACCCAGGUGCUGCAGCUGCUACCCGGCUCCUGGUCGGUGCAGCUGCUCCGCCCAUUCCUCACCGGGGCCGUCCGGGGCAGCAUCCACACCAGGAGGACUGCACAGGUGGCUCUUGGCCUGGCCAGGUCGGAAAACCUGCUCCAUGCAUAUGACAAGAUGAGGCUGAAAGGCAGCGCCAUCCAGCUCUCAGACCGAAACCUUUGCCAGCUGUGCCAGCAUCCCUUCUCGGAGCCUGUCUUCAUCCGGUACCCAAACGGGGGGCUUGUGCACACCCACUGUGCUGCCAGCAGACACAGCUCCCCCACCCCUGGCACCCGGACUUGAAGAGCUGGGCUUGGGGCGCGAGGGUGACUCUGAGUUCUCUUGAGGUCUGCUGGAUACAGCAGACGGCCGCACGCCUUGUGCCAGCCAGCACAGAGGGUGCCAUUGGGUGCCAGGUGAUAUCUGUGUCCAUGAACCAGGCCACCUCCUUGCGGACCGCUCUGUGUGAACGUGAAUGUGAAUCCCUGAGAAUCCUGGUGAUGGAGACGAGCAAGGCUCCCUGUGCACUGCAGUCACCUGGAGCCAAGGACGAGGGGUCUCCUGUGCAGUUGGGACACUCACACCUGCAGCAGAGCCCUCUGUGGCCAAGGCCCAGUGUCCCCAUCCAGGCAACUCUGCCUUUGCCCGGUGAAGAGCUGGCCUUGGGGAUGUGGGGUGUGUUCCUGCUUCCUGUGGCUCCUGCCUCAUUUCCCCAAGCACUCCUGUGCUUCUCACUGCCUGGAGAACAGGGAUGUGUUUGGGAAUUGCUGAAGCCUCAGAGAAGCUGCUUUGCCUAUCCUGAGGAGACGGUGGGAGGGGACCCAGGUGGGCGAGGCCCAGGCAGGCUCCGGGAGACUCCACCAUGAGCCUGUGCAACCAGGUGUUCUUAUCUGAACUUGCAGCAGCUUUGGAGUUUUUCUCUUGUUUGGAAAUUGACCUGCCAAAUUCACUAGGGAUGAUUUUUCUCCUUACAACAUACCUCCUCCUGAAGACCUGGGAAUCGAAAGGGAGACACAGUGCACAAAGAGGUCUGUGCCUCACAGGUGGGACUGCUCACAUCAUGCACUUAGUGGGACGGGGAUGAAAUUGCCUCUGCCUGGGCCAGCCCUGGCUUGUGGGGGCGUCUGCAGAGCCCUGAGGGAUGUCAGGUCGGACUGCCUUACCUCCCGCUCCUCUGUGUCUGCCCUGAGGGUCUCUGAACCCCCAGAAAGCAGCCUCUUGUCCAUCACCAUGGGGUUCCUUGCUUCUGUGUUCAUCCGUGAUGUGCUGCAGCUGCUGUCACCUCACUGCCCACCUGUGAACCUGUGAAUGUCUUCCCUGGGAUGAUGGAGCCUUGGGGAGCUGUCAUCAGCUGGCAUGAAGGAUGAGAGGGCCCAGAGCACACGCUCUCUCCAUCCACCCAAGCCUCUCAGAGCCAAGGAAGCACUCACUGCCUAGGCUGUAAAAAGAUUUGCUGUCUUCAAAUGAUCAGUCUAGGUUUACCUCUCAGGUUGCAAGUGAGCCAAAAAGCAAAAGCAUCCCUGUGUUAUUUGGGAGAAUUGGCAAUAUUUUUUCCUGUGUUUCAGUUAUUUAAAGAAUAAAUGAUGAGGAAAUUCUUUUGUACUGCAUAAACUAGUGUGACUCUGAGGCCCAGCUGCGAGCUCCCUGUGAACCGCUGUUCCAGAGCACUCAUUGUGCCCGGAUGUUGCUGUCAUGGCCAGGAAGUGGGGUUUGAAUUCCUUGGAGAGCAAGUUAACUGUUCAUGCGACUUUGCACUUUGAAAAACACUGUUUCCUCCACACACACACAAUGGGUGCAAUCUUGCAAAAGGCCUGUGGUUGCCCAUUUCUAAUGUGGGGCCACCAGUCCAUCUCUGAACACAGCGUUAUUUUGAGACAAGUGUCAUCCUUCCAAAGAAUGAGAAUGGAGUUGAGCAGUUUCCGUCUCUACCAAAUCCCGACACAAGCAGAUUCUGUGACAGCGUGCAGUCAUCUCGUCUGUUAAAAACUGUUCUCUACCCUUUCUCACACCCUCACAAGGUCUUUUUGUCAGAUCCUAUUUUUAAGACGAAUUCUUUCUAACGGGCCUGCUGUUUUGUGACUGCUGUUGAACAGAGCAGUUAGAACUGUCACUCAGACCUACUCUCUCAUUAGUUCCACGCAACUGUCCUUGCACGAUUACUCUGCAGGCAGUACUGCUCAGCUUUGUGGACUCUUCAUUGCUGUCGCCUAUCAGGUCUUAACGUAGGCAUGUCUCAGAGGCUGUGGGGCCCUGCGUCUGAGAGGGUGCAGGUGGUGGCUGCAGAGGGGGUGGCCCUGGCCUGGUCUUUGCUGUCCCCUGGGAACUUUUGUCCUUGCAACUUUAUCCUUCGUUCCCUUGGGUCCCACCUACACAACCUGUACAAAUGUAAACUUGUUAAUUUUAUUAAAAUUCUUUUAAUUCUUU